CUUUGUGUAUGCCAAGCUGGACAAGCUGUAGGAGGGACACAUGUACCAUCCAGAUCAACAGGGAGGCAGGCUGGUCUGAAUGGUGCUGUAAGGGCUGCAACAAAAGAGGGAAUGAAGGAACAGGAGCACCACCCUCCUUCUGUAAAGUGUGUGGCAACGUUGAGACCCUUCCAGUUGUCUCCUGCGCAGAUUCCUGUGAGAAGAGUGGAUGGUAGACGUGGACCCCAGCCACUACCAGGUGCCCAACCCAGAAUGUCUCAGGCUCAACCAGAAGGCAUUCCAAUUCCCUUUGGAGGACAAAGGAGGACCACACCUCCCCCAGUGAUCUAUGUCAGGCUAUUCUUGACAGCUUUGGGCAGAGAAAAUGAUGAGGAAGCAGAAGGUAUGCCAGCGCCAAUUCUUUAUGUCCACCGGCCUCUGUCCUAUCCGGAGAACCAAUACGCAGCUUCUGUUGGUGCUGGCGAUGGCAGAGUCAGAGUAUUUGUCCAAGUGAGGCGGGGCUCCCUGGUCAUCACUGACAGUCGUCGGGGACCUCGAUCGAUGGUCCAGGCUCAAAGAUAUCGCGCCCUCCCUGAAAGCAUGCUGGCGGUUCUGGCUGGACUAGUAGAUGGAAGACCAGGAGCGGCCGCCCAUCCUCACACCCGGGCUCUCGCGGACGGCUCCUGGGAAGCGGCCAGCAGGAACGGCUGUGGAAGAGCUGGUGCUCUCCCGUGGCACCUAAGAUCCCAACAUCUCCCACGUGGCCUUGGACAACAGGAUGGAAGAGCUGAAGAUGUUCCUCCAGCCUGGAUUCCCCCAAGGGCAAAUUAAUCGAGGCCAUGGAAGGACGGGAGCCCACCCUCAUACCUCCUCCCCUUGUCCUCCCCUUUCUCUUUUGCCCUUCCCCCUCCUUUUCCCUUGGUCUUCCUUUUUGGCCCUUCCCUGGCACUUCCCCUAUGGCCUCGAGGCUCACUCCAACAGCCUCCACAGUGAUUCAAGAAGAGCAGAAGGUUCAGUCACCCUCUCCAAUUUCUCUCCCCAAACAUUGUUUGAAAGUUUAACAUGUGAUGCCUUGCAUUCCUUCCUCUAAAACUAAAAGAGCUCUCUUCCGUCACAGAAAGAAAAAUAAAGAACU